AUGACGAUGCCCCAUUUACCUUGUGGGACCCUGAAGGACGAAAGUUUCGCCUUCCAAUCAAGGGCGAGGAGGACUGGAUACACAAAAAGAUAUGGAGAUGGAGAAAUUCAUUUCUCCUGGUUCAUCUCAUACCAAACAGAUCACCCACCGCAACCUGUUCCGCUCACAAUUGGCUGCAUGCUAGUUUUUGUUACCCCAGUUGGAAUAGUGCGAAGAGAUCCAGGGCCCACAAAUUCAUACGUUGACCCAAGAUCAAAGGCUUGUCCCUCGCUGAGAUGGUCUCGAAUGGCAUUCCCGUCAAAGGCCCAAAACAUUGAAAUUUUGGAGGCUUUCGAGCCGCUCGCUUCCGUGACUGGAAUUUUACACAUGCCCAAUCAUACAGUCAUCGAACUUGGUGCAACAGAUGGUCGCUUUUACGAGCACCAUUCUCUACCAGGAGUAGUCGCGGGCCGGGGCACCUUUUACCACCAUUGUAUUGAACCCUUUUACCAUUCGAUGAAAGAUUAUGUCUGCGCGGAGUCCAUCUAUACAGCUUCAACCACAGGCUUGAAAGUGCGGAAUGCCAAUGGUAAAGAAUUCCUUACUGUUGCCAAUCAUGUCUUUCUGCAAGGAACUGUAUACCAUCUCCGGGUAGGAGGAGAUAUAGUGGGACAUAUCUUUGACCGCAACAGACGCCCUGAGCUAGAUAUAGCACUUGUGAGCUUCGCUCCUGAUAUUGUCCAAUUAUGUUCCAACGAGUCCUACUUUCAAGCUCAAACACUCUCUACGUUUUUGAAAAGAAAUCAAAUCGUAGGAGGAUCUUGGGGCGAGAUUGAUGGCAUGAGUUUAGGACUGGUGGCCAUGAUGGUAAGAGCCGCACAAAUACGUAAGCCUAAGCGACCUCCGGGUCACUCACUCUUUGAACACAAAGAUUGGCGAAUUGAAAUAAUCCAUGCCAUCUUCAGUGUCAUGAGCGGACCAAUGGCAGAUGGUGUGUGCGGUACUCCUAUAGUGGAUUGCGACACGGGUGAAGUGGGUGGGUUUUUUUUCAUCAGUCCGAUGGCUUGCUUUGUGUGA